UGGAACACAUCCCCGAAUCGGUACCGACGGUCUCAUCUCUCUCGCCCUGAUCUAUCUCUCUCCCGCGAUCUGGAAGGGCCGACGGCUUGGCGGCGCGACCGCGGGCGCUGAUGGGCGGCGGCGCGCAGUCUGUUAAGCAGGACGCCUGCUUCUCGCUCCGUCCUCCCUCUCCAACCGAGCGGCACGAGGUAGACCCGGAGACCCCAACUCCGUCCUAGCCCAGUGGCGCCCGUGAGGCGUCAUCUCCGGCGCCCUCUCCAUCUCCGUCUGCUUCGCACUUGCAAGAAGAGCAAGAUGUGACAGAGGAUUUAAGCAGCAGCAGAACUAGACCUGGCUCCUAUGCUCUAAGAUGCUCCGUGCCAAGGACACAUUCAGGAAGAUGUACUCAGCUGCCAAGGGCUACUACUGCGGAGGGCUAGCGUCUCCUAAUGCCUUCUCAGCAUUGGAUCUUUGGCAUUCUCUCAGCUCCUUAAGAAAACCACCAGGCCACGCUAACCUGUUCAGGGUCUGUUCAUACACGCAAUGCGCCCUCACCAACGAUUCCGCCGACCAGGAGGUCGUGAUUGCCCUGGGCAGCAACGUGGGAGACAGGGUCAGCACGUUCGACAGGGCGCUGCGGCUGAUGAGGAGCUCGGGCAUCAAGGUCACCAGGCACGCCUGCCUGUACGAGACCGCCCCAGCCUACGUGACCGACCAGCCGCGGUUCCUCAACUCUGCCGUUAGGGGCACGACGAAGCUGGGGCCUCACGAGUUGCUCAGGAAGCUCAAGGAGAUCGAGAAGGAUAUAGGACGCACCGCCGGGGUAAGGUACGGUCCGAGGCCGAUCGAUCUGGACAUUCUUCUGUAUGGGGACUCCCGGAUCAAGACCGAGUCUCUGAUUGUGCCGCAUGAACGCAUCCAUGAGAGACCGUUCGUCUUGGCGCCUCUUGUUGACCUCCUGGGUUCGUCGGCUGAGGACGGUAUGGAGAAAAGCUGGCACUCUCUCUCGAAGUGCAGUGGCGGGUUCUUUGAUUUGUGGAACAAGCUCGGCGGUGAAUCUGUUGUUGGAACAGAAGGCAUUAAAAGGGUCAUGUCUGUUGGAAAUACGCUGUUGGACUGGCGUCAGAGGACCCUUGUUAUGGGGGUGCUUAACCUCACGCCAGACAGCUUCAGCGACGGAGGUAAGUUUCAAGAAGUGGAAGCUGCCAUUUCCCAGGCCAUGUUGCUAAUAUCAGAAGGUGCUGACAUAAUUGAUAUUGGUGCCCAGUCCACCAGGCCCUUUGCAAGGAGGCUAUCCGCAGAAGAAGAGCUUGAGAGGCUGGUCCCUGUUCUGGAUGCUAUCAUGAAACUCCCAGAGAUGGAAGGGAAGUUGCUUUCGGUAGACACGUUCUACGCGCAAGUCGCUGCUGAAACUGUAAAAAGAGGAGCCACCAUGAUCAAUGAUGUAUCUGGUGGGCAGCUUGACCCAAGUAUUCUUCAAGUUGUUGCUGAACUGGGAGUUCUGUAUGUUACCAUGCACAUGAGAGGCGAUCCAUCUACUAUGCAGAAUGAACAGAAUCUACAGUAUGAUGAUGUCUGCAAAGAAGUUGCUUCUGAGUUAUAUGCCCGGUUGAGAGCAGCAGAGCUUUCUGGAAUUCCUUUGUGGAGGGUUAUUCUUGACCCUGGCAUUGGGUUUUCCAAGAAAUCCACACAGAAUAUUGAAGUAAUCGCGGGCUUGGAAUCCAUUAGAGAAGAGAUGGGUAAAAUGAGCCUAGGUGCUUCACAUGUGCCAAUAUUACUUGGACCCUCGAGGAAAAGUUUCCUAGGUGAAAUAUGCAGUCGCGCCGAUCCAGUUGAGAGAGAUGCUGCUACUGCUUCUACCGUUACAAUUGCGAUCUUGAAUGGCGCUAAUAUAGUAAGGGUCCAUAAUGUUAGAUACAAUGUGGAUGCUGCAAAGGUCUCUGAUGCAUUACUCAAGUACAGAAGAAAAUAAUAGUAAGUAUACAGCCAGGAUCGAAGCCAUACCAUUUGCCAGUUUUGUACAAGGGAAUGCGCUCAUACCAUAUGGGGUGUAUAAUGUAUUAUCACUUAGAGCAAUCAAAGCAUGUGUGAAUAACUAUUACAGUGAACCAGAGAUAUACAGUAUUCUCGUUUGCCUCCUCCUUCGUAGAAUCUUCAAAGAAGCAAAGUUAGCACAGACCAAGGCCUCUAGGGUUGGUAUAUGAUGUAACCAGUUUUGGGAGGGUUUAAUAAUUAUCUAAUAGUGAGCCCUAAGAGUAAGACCUUUAUAAUAUACUUUGCUUGGAAUUGCCUACUUGAGAGCAUCAUUUGGGGCUACAGAGUUGAUUUUCAUCUCACGCAGUUUUCUGAGGGUUAUGAAAUUUUAUCUGACUCCUUAUGUGUGUUCUGAACUUAUUGUACCCAAUGAGGAAACGCAUGCAUUGCAAGUGCCAUAUGACAUUACUAGGCCUCAAGGCCUGGUCUAUGAUCUAACCAGUUUUCUGAGGGUUUUUUUGAUGCAUCAUUUGUUCUUGCAGAGUCAAUGUCCAGCUCUCAUGCAGUUUUUUGAGAUUUUUUCAUGAAACUUCUUCUCGUGACUCCUUAUUUGUGUUUUUUAUUUAUUUUGCUGUACCCAAUGAGGAAACUCAUGCAUUGCAAGUGCCGUAUGACAUUACUAGGCCUCAAAGCUUGGUCUAUGAUCUAACCAAUUUUCUGAGGGUUUUAUUAUUAUCCAAUUGUGAUACCUUUGUAAUGCUUCGAAUGUCUACUUGAGAGAAUGUUUUGUUGCUGCAGAAUUAAUUUCCAUCUUUUUAUUCGGGUUUUAAUUUUUAAUAAUUUCUAGCAUGUUCUAAAAAGAAUAUAGCAAAGGCAUCCAACAGAAGUUCUGAUUGCUUUGUGACCCAAUGAGGAAACUCAUGCAUUGCAAGUGUCGUAUGACAUUACUAGGCCUCAAGGCUUGGUCUAUGAUCUAACCAGUUUUCUGAGGGUUUAAUUAUUAUCAAUUGUGAUACCUUUGUAAUGCUUCGAAUGUCUACUUUAGAGAAUCUUUUGUUGCUGCAGAAUUACUUUCCAUCUCUUUAUUCAGGUUUUAAUUUUCAAUAACUUCUAGCAUGCUCUAAAAAGAAUAUAGCAAAGGCAUCCAACAGAAGUUCUGAUUGGUUUGUGACCCAAUGAGGAAACUCAUGCAUUGCAAGUGCCGUAUGACAUUACUAGGCCUCAAGGCUUGGUCUAUGAUCUAACCAGUUUUCUGAGUGUUUUAUUGUCCAAUUGCGACCUUUGUAACGUACUUUUUUGAUGUUAUCUAUGUGGGAGCAUCAUUUGUUCUUGCAAAGUCAAUUUCCAGCUCUCAUGCAAUUUUUUGAGGUUUUUUCAUAAAAUUUCUCCUUGUGACUCCUUGGUUGUGUUUUGAUCUUGAUGUACCCAAUGAGGAAACUCAUGCAUUGCAAGUGCCGUAUGACAUUACUAAGCCUCAAGGCUUGGUCUAUGAUCUAACCAAUUUUCUGAGGGUUUUAUUAUCCAAUUGUGAGACAUUUGUAAUGUACUUUGCUUUGAAUGUCUAUUGAGAGAAUCAUUUGUUGCUGUAGAUUUAAUUUCCAUCUCUUGUGCAUAUUUGGAUUUUAAUUUUCAGUAACUUCUAUGUUUUAAAACGAAUAUAGCAAGGCAUCAAACAGAAGUUCUUAUUGGUUUUUGACCCAAUGAGGAGCAAGUGUCAUAUGACAUUACUAGGCGUCAAGGCUUCGUUUAUGAUCUGAACAGGUUUCGGAGGGUUUGUAUUGUCUAAAUGCAAGACCUUUUUACUGCACACUGCAUGGAAUUUUCUACUUGUGAGCUUAAUUUAUUCUUACACAAGAUUUGUGUUUUAAAUCUGAACUGCUUUCUACUGCUCAUUUUAAACUUUAACUUCGGUUUAUUUUUCCGCAUGCAUGAGCAUAUGAGCCAAAUUGCAUUCCUGUGGCUCUUGUGCAUUUAUAUCCCUUCUUUGUCCACUGAUCAGACCUAAGAACUGCAGGUGUUGUGACUGAACUUCUAUCUUUUCAAUGAAAUGAAACGCAAAGGCUAUUUGCGUUUUCUUGAAGCAAAAAAGAAUGGCCGCGUCUAUGAUAUCAUCACGUUCGGAAUGGUGUUAUUUUUUUGUACUAUUGAACAUUUGUUUGCCUUUUUACAUGUUUUUUUUUGUAUAAUCUGAAGCUAUUCUAGCUAGCUUUUGACCUUGUUCUACCAAAUGAUGAAAUUCAUGCAUUGCAAGUGCCGUAUGACACACUUGGCCUCAAGGCUUGGUCUUUGAUUCAACCAGAUCUGUGAGGGUUUUAUUGUCUAAAUGCAAGACCUUUUUCAUUUGCUCUUAUUUGAAUUGUCUGCUUGAGAUCGUCAUUUGUUCCUACCUUAUUUAUUUCUGCAUUUCAUACAGAUUUCGAUUUUUAAAUCUAAACUACUUUCCCAUUUUAACAUAUAUCAAUAGGUGGCUUAUGCAUUUUUUUCCUGCCAUAUUGACUCAUGAAACCUUGAGAACUGCAAGUUCCCAAUUAUUACAGUGUUCAUGCCAAUGAUAUUAACGUAGUAUUCAAUGGUCUUGUCUUGUUUAUACUAUUAGAAAUUCAAAAAUUAUGUUGUAUAAAGUGAAGCUAUUCUGGCUCGCCUUUGAAUCAGUAUUCUCCUUGUAACUCCUUAAUUUUUGUGAUGAUGUUGUACCCAAUGAGGAAACUUAUAUGGGGAUUGAGGCCUCAACUUCUCAACGCUCAGAUUUUGAUUUAACCAGAUUUCCUACAGCUUAUUAUCUAAACACAGGACUUUCUUAAUGUGCUCUCGUCGGAAUACUCUAUAGACCAUUUGUUCCUGCAGAUUUGCUGUCUACAUCAUACAGAUUUGGAUUUCAAAUCUGGCCCGUUUUGUACUGCCUUCACUCCUGAAACCUUUUAAUAACUGUAAGUGUGAGAUGAUUACGCAUUGGCUCACUUGUUGUUGCCACCCUGUUCUUGUCACUCGCCUGGAAACCCGAAGGUUUUGUUUUCCUUCCCUGAAGUGCAUAAUGCCCGUCAUCAAGAAAGGCGAACAUGAAAAGUCUGAAUGUAAUUUGAAGAUCAGCAUGCAGGGUUCUCAUGAUUCCUAUCAUCCUAUGCCUACCUUUGAAGCUGCUAAGAAUCUGCGACUCUUGAAACUGUAUCCGAUCCAUAUAUCAACAUGAUUACUCAUCCUCAUCAUUUAUAAAUAGCUUAUUGGUUCUUAUCCUUUAUUGUACUACAGAAGAUUGUUUUGUUUGCCAGUUAGAUAUAAAAUUAGCAAAUCUCUGUCUAAUAAAUAUCUGCCUAUGGACAAUUGCAGGCUGCUCUGUUUAACCAGACUGAGAUUGCUCUUAUUCUUAUGGAUAGUGGAGCAAAUAUUCAACGCAAAAAUGGUCAAGGUUGGUUUUUGUUACAAUCUGAAGGGGAAACUGCUUUGGACUGCGCUCCACCCAUGCUGCAAUACAAAAUGCGGCAGAGGAUGGAAGAGCUUGCUGCGUCACAAAGGGCUGAGUGAGGGAGACAGCAUUUGGGCCCUUUCUGCUAGCUGCUCUCCUCUCCAUAUGUCAAAAGAUGGUUUUCUGCUUCUGAAUGGUUACGUACAAAUAAAACCAUUUGACAGACUGAAAGCUCAUUGCUGGGGUACGCUGCUUCAUUUCGGAUGGCACGAUCAUCAUGUAUUAACGUCGCAAUGUUAGAGGUGGUUACGUACAAAUAAAACCAUUUGACAGACUGAAAGCUCAUUGCUGAUGUUUUUAUUGCUUUUGUAGUCACUUAACGAUAAUGAGUCUUUAGGCCCGGACAAGUAGGACUCAUUAUUGCUCAACCAGAAAUCAGUCGCUCAACCCUUAUAAUUUCGUUAGUUCGCUUGAA